CAAUUGCGCACUGUCUCCACUUCACAUGUGAAAAGGAGCUCUCUUUCUCUCUCUCUAGGCUUCAUCUCUCUCUCUCUUUGCAUUGCGGUGGAGCUCAGAUCCAAGGCUGUCAUCUUGCUUAAUCUAAGCAAUGAAGAUGGAUCAGAGUUUAUCUUCAUCUACAGCAUGGAGAUCUACCGGAAAGUUGGGAUCUUUGGCAAUCUUUGCUGUGUUUUUCCUCAUUGCCAAUCUGAACUCAGUGGAGGCUUAUGAUUCACUUGAUCCAAAUGGGAACAUAACAAUCAAAUGGGAUAUCAUGCAGUGGACUCCUGAUGGAUAUGUUGCUGUUGUUACCAUGUUCAAUUUUCAGCAAUAUCGACAUAUCCAAACACCAGGAUGGACUCUAGGAUGGACAUGGGCAAAGAAGGAAGUCAUCUGGUCCAUGGUUGGGGCUCAAACUACCGAGCAGGGAGAUUGCUCGAAAUAUAAAGCAAACAUCCCACAUUGUUGUAAGAAGGACCCUUCGGUUGUCGACCUACUGCCGGGAACUCCAUAUAACAUGCAAAUUGCUAAUUGCUGCAAAGGAGGAGUAAUCAACUCAUGGGUUCAAGAUCCGGCCAAUGCUGCAGCCUCAUUCCAGGUUAGUGUCGGUGCUGCUGGAACCACCAACAAGACAGUCCGUGUGCCCAAAAACUUCACACUCAAAGCUCCGGGUCCUGGGUAUACAUGUGGAAUUGCGAAGGUUGGGAAACCGACUAAAUUCACAACAGCAGAUGGAAGGAGGACAACCCAAGCUUUGAUGAGCUGGAAUGUUACCUGUACAUAUUCCCAAUUCCUCGCCCUGAAAACCCCGACAUGUUGUGUAUCCCUAUCGUCUUUCUACAAUGACACAAUUGUCAACUGCCCAACAUGCACAUGCGGUUGCCAAAAUAAUAUAACUCAACCAGGAAGCUGUGUGGAGGGAGAUUCGCCAUAUUUAGCUUCUGCGAUCAAUGGCCCCGGAAAGUCCACCUAUGCGCCUUUGGUACAAUGCACUUCUCAUAUGUGCCCGAUAAGAGUCCAUUGGCAUGUCAAACUCAAUUACAAGGAAUAUUGGCGGGUGAAGAUCACAAUAACCAAUUUCAAUUACCGGAUGAACUACACACAGUGGAACUUGGUUGUCCAGCACCCUAACUUUGACAACCUUACUCAAAUCUUCAGCUUCAACUAUAAAUCAUUAACUCCCUAUCAAGCUAUAAAUGAUACUGCAAUGUUAUGGGGAGUCAAGUAUUACAACGAUUUGCUCAUGGAAGCUGGACCUUAUGGCAAUGCACAAUCAGAGCUUCUAUUCCAGAAAGACCAAUCGACUUUCACUUUCGAUAAAGGGUGGGCCUUUCCAAGACGUGUAUAUUUCAACGGUGACAAUUGCGUCAUGCCGCCUCCUGAUGCUUAUCCUUGGCUACCAAAUUCUACUCCUCUCUCGAUGACCCCCUUGCUUCUUCCUACCAUACUCUUUUGGGCAGUUUUGGGAUGUCUGCUGUCUUAUGUCUAAUAGAAGGUGGUGAAUUCUCUGAAAAUUUUGAGUUUGGUGAUGUCAACAAGAAUUUACAAACGCCUCAGGAAACUGUUUUGUUUUCUCAAGCUCAUUGAUGCAUCUUGUAAGUUAUGAUCAGACUUCUUCCUACUAAAGCAGGUGUGUUGUACCCAAACUCAUACAAGGAUGUAUUCACUAUGAUCUUCUACAUGUUGUUGAUCUGAAAUUAGUGUCAUUUAAGUGCUUCUCUAGUUUUGUUGUAUUCUAUUGUAUUGUCAUUAUGUUUAUCUUAAAGUGUAGCUUCGUGGAUAUGUUAAUGCCCUUGUAAUAAGAUUCUGAAAUAGAAAUGCUUGCAGUUGUUAUACCA